AUGGCUCCAGGAAAUAUGACACAAGUCACUGAGUUCAUUCUCAUAGGGGUCUCAGAGCGUCCCGAGUUGCAGGUUCCCCUCUUCCUCAUCUUCCUGGUCAUCUAUGGGCUGACCGCGGCAGGGAACCUGGGCAUCAUCACCCUCACCAGUGUGGACCCCCGACUGCAAACCCCCAUGUACUUCUUCCUCCAACACCUGGCUGUCAUCAACUUCGGCAACUCCACUGUCAUCGCCCCUAAGAUGCUGAGCAACUUCUUAGCAAGUGAGAAAACCAUCUCAUACUAUGCAUGUGUCACCCAGCUGGGAGGAUUCCUGGUUUUCAUUGUGGCUGAGACCUUCAUGCUGGCCGUGAUGGCCUAUGACCGUUACGUGGCCAUCUGCAACCCCCUGCUCUAUGUGGUGGUGGUUUCCAGAUGGGUCUGCCUGCUGCUGGUGUCCGUCACCUACCUCUAUGGCCUUUUCACUUCUCUUGUGUUUACACUUUGUGUAUUCUUCCAGUCUUUUUGCUCUUCCAAUAUCAUCAAUCAUUUUUACUGUGACAUUACACCUCUCAUAGCAUUGUCCUGCUCUGAUACUUCUGUUACAGAAAUGCUUGUCUUUCUGUCUGCAGGGACAAAUUUGAUUUCUUCCAUGACAAUAGUUGUGAUUUCCUAUGUCAACAUUGUUCUGUCUAUUCUAAGGAUACGAUCAUCAGAAGGCAGGAAGAAAGCCUUUUCCACCUGUGGGUCACAUAUGACAGCUGUCACAGUUUUCUAUGGGACGAUGCUGUUCAUGUAUUUACAGCCCGGGACCAACCACUCCCUGGACACUGAUAAACUGGCUUCUGUGUUUUACACGCUGGUGAUCCCUAUGCUGAACCCCGUGAUCUACAGCCUGCGGAACAAGGACGUGAAGGCUGCCUUACAGAGCUUUGUGACAAACCCAUGCGGUUCCUGUAAGUAA